GAGCAGCCAUGGCACGCAGCCUUCCCGGCGCCCAAGCCCGAGUAUACCGCAGAAGUCAUGCCUCGCAAUCGCGCUCUCACCGUGCUGAGCAUGCGCAUCGCUUCCAUGCUCAUCGUAGAUGUCCGGCGCACCGAUUACGAAGGCGGCAGCAUCCGAGGGAGUCUCAACAUUCCUGCGCACGGGUUCUGGUGGAAUCGCGGCAUUCUGUAUGAGUUGUGCUAUAAAGCAGAUAUUGAGUGGGUGGUGUUCACGUGCGGGUCGAGUAAUGGCCGUGGACCGAGAUGCGCGAGUUGGUUUCUCGAGCAUGUCCGGGACACGGUGGGAGAUCAGGAUAUGAAUGUUCUGGUUCUGGAAGGGGGUGUGAAAGGAUGGGUCAAAUCGGGGGACCAGUAUACGGCCUAUAUGGAUGGAUACAAGGAGGACUAUUGGAGGGAA